AUGUUGGGUAGGAACGAUGCGGGACGGAGCAUACAGGGGUUCUUCGCCUCAGGGGCCAACAACCCCGUGUUUGCCACGGCGGUGGCGCGUGCGCUCGUGGGUAGGGUAGACGUCACUAGACUCUCACGCAAGUUAGGUUGCGUACAGGCGGAAGCCCUCGUAGCGGUGGUAGCCCUGUGGGCUGCCAGGGACUCCCCGGGGCUUACUGUCUCCGUAGAGGGUGAAGAUGAGAGACCUGCGACGCGUGAAGAGGAACAGUGCAGGUUAAAUCGGUUGGUAGGGAUGCCUGCGGAGGAGGCCGCAGCGGAGGUGGAAAGGUCAGAUGCACCGGGCGGGCGUCUGGGGUUGACGGUUACCGCCCUUAUUGCAAACAAGCCAUUGGCUUCGCGGGCCGUUGUCUCCAGGGUCUGUCUGUUGUGUCUGGCCUCCCACCUUUGCUGCGAGGAGGGCGAGCUUGGUGCAGGAGGAUCAGAAGGGGCUGGGGAGUUCACUUUUGAGGAGGUUAGGUGUGCAAUAGUUUCCCGAGGGGGGCAGGAGUGCGCGCGCACUAGCAGUGGCUGCCGCCAUCCACAACAAAGAGAUGCAUGCGGUCAAUGGAAACAUUCACUAUGCCACCGGUCCUAA